AUGCAACAAACAAUAGAAGAAAGGUGUCGGGUGAUCACUAUGCAGACAUUUUGGAUUGUUUAUUUUGAUUUGUUUACAUCGUAUUAUAACCAACUGCGCUCUUGUGUUGGACCGUGCAUGUGCUUUCGGUUCCGUUGGUUUUGUUCAACAAAUACUGUCACGCUGCUAACAUUUUUCUUUUAUAAUCGGGCAGAAUUAUUGAAGCAGCAUAUGUUAUCCCCAUUUUUGACAACCCAUAUAAAAACAAAGCUUGCGAUGAAUACAGUUAACUCCGCUUUGCCUCAUCAAUAUAAUCUAUUUCCGUACAAUCGCUUCAUGGAUUUUCGCUUGAAAAAAAUAAAGAAUAAACUUCGUAUUAAAAAAAAUGAACGCGCACCUGCUUUUGGUAGAGGAUAUCUGUUCAAGGAAAGAAUAACUGCCUAG